UGUCCAUGUGUGUGUGCGUGCGUGCGCGUGUCUGUUCGGCUGCCGCUCCGCUCUCUGACAGAUCUUUCUCAGGUUCAGAUCGCGCUCUGUUUAGUCCGGAUCUGCUGAACCAGCAUGUCGUCCAGUCCACAGAGCCAGGAUCAGAAACUAGACCAGGACCAGAAACGGGAGGGGAAGGAGGGGAAAGAGGUUAAAAAUGAGAAGAUGGAAAAAGAAAAGCAAGAGGAGAAAGAAUAUUUUUAUUAUUCUAUUUACAACCCGAGAACCAGAGAGUUCAUGGGAAGAACCGCAAGCAGCUGGGGUCGCAUCCUCCUCUUCUACCUCAUCUUCUAUGGGUUUUUGGCGGGAAUGUUUUCAUUCACCAUGUGGGUGAUGUUACAGACACUCGAUGAAAAUGUCCCCCGACAUCAGGAUCGCGUCGCCAAUCCAGGUUUGGUGAUUCGUCCUCAUGCAGCGGAGAUCUCGUUCAAUCGCAGCGACCCAACAAACUACAACCAAUACAUUCACCAGCUGCACGAGCUCCUGCAGCGUUAUAACGACAGCAUUCAGAAGCGUCACGACUUGUGUCUGGUGGGUGAAUACACUGAACAGGAGGAGGAGCCAAUAAAGAAAGUUUGUCAAUUUAAACGUAGUGCGCUGCGUCAGUGCUCCGGGCUGUCCGACACCAGCUUUGGAUUUGCUGAUGGAAAACCCUGUGUCAUAAUCAAGAUGAACCGGGUCAUUGGACUGAAGCCACAAGGAGAUCCCUUCAUCAACUGCACUGCAAAGGGAGGCCGUCCAUUACAGAUUCAGUAUUUUCCAUCUGAAGGUCGUCUGGAUAAAAUGUUUUUCCCAUAUUAUGGCAAGAAAGCACAUCCUGAAUAUGUGCAGCCUCUUGUCGCCGUCAAGUUGUUCUUGACAAAAGACGACUUGAACGUGGAGCAGACGGUGGAGUGUAAAGUCCAGGGUUCUGACCUGCGUAACGAUGACGAUCGGGACAAGUUUCAAGGUCGCGUCACUUUCAAGGUCAAAGUGUCAGAGUAGACCGGCCUGCCAGUUGCCAUGGAGACCACAAACUAGGUUUAACGGACUGGGUUUAAUCCAGACCUGAUUUAGUCCUGGACGUCUGAAUGUGGGUCAUCCUGAUGUGAGUCUGAUGAGAGGAACACACACACAUCCUCUAUCAUGUUUAAACCAGGUUCAGACCUGAUCCUGGUUUAGUCCAAUCAGAGUUCAGAUCUGCUCCUGAGUAGAUUAGAGGAGAAACCAGAGUGACUCUGGUUCACUCUGGUCAGCCAGUAGGAGAAAAUCAGGUCUGAUAUGAAACAUGUGAACUUAAUGUGAUGUCACCACAAAACUGUGACAUUAUGCUAAGAUGGUAAAAUCACUGACAUCAGAGUGACAUCACAAUAAGAUCGCAUGUAUAUCAUGCUGACAUCACAAUGACAUAACAAUGACAUCAUAGUUAGAACACAGUGACAUCACAGUCACGUCACACUGACAUCAUAAUAAUAUGAGCAAUAAUCCUCUUUUGACAAAUUAUAUUAAUGUGUUUGUAUUUCAUAUUAUUAGAAAUAAUUAAUUUUAAUAUACGUUUUCAGUUGAAUUAGAUUGUGAACACUCAGGUUCUGGGAUGACACUGAUUUUAAAACAAGUUCUGUAGCAAAAAAAAGCAAACAUGACAUCACUCUGUAAACAGCUGAUUUCUGUGGUUUCUCCAAAAAUCAUUUCACAGAUAAAUAAUAUCAUGAAAUUUGUCUUUUACAUGUUAAAUCUUAAAACGGAAUAAAUCGGAAUCUUUAAACUACGCCGCAGUUCUGCUGCAUGUCGCGGUCGUCUCAGUGUAGACACUCUAAUCUGUUUACAUUAAUCCAAUAGGAUUGAUUAUUCUUCAAAGUUAAAUAAAUAUGUGAUGUUUCCAAACUCAAUAAUUAUUAUGAUUUUUACCAUAAUCGAGCAGCCCAAAUUUAACCAAGUUAAUGUAAUUUAAACUGAUUAAAUGUUAAUGAAUCUGAUUCACCUUGAUACAAUCUGAUUUAUUCAAAUUGAACCUGAUUCAAAUCGAUCUAAACUAAUCUGAUUGAUUCUGAUUCAGUGUUACCUCCAUCACCACCAGUGUAAAGUGUUUAAAUGUAAUUUAUGAACAUGAGUUUUCCUCUGUGAUUUGAAAUAUGUUGGUACAUUUAAAAUGUGAUAUAAGUGUGUGAGUUAUGAACAAGAUGACAUUAUCAGUAGAGGUCCAAUCAGUGUUCAGUAAAUCUGUGUCAGCCGAUUCUGAUGAUUGGCAAUGAGCAGGUUCGGGCCUUAAAUUGCUCAAUAGGAACUUUUUGGUCCCUUUUGAGCUCCACAUGGUCAAUUCUCCAAAUGCUUAAACACGGCUAUUGACAAUAUGGUAUAAACAUAUGUAUUAGUUUUACAAUGAUUGGACAAAUACUUGAAGAGUUAUGGCCAUUUACCUCUAAGACUCGCCCAUAGCAGAAGUUUAUUGUUAAUAAUGGCUGUGAUUUUUGACCAAUCCUGAUUCUUUUUUAUAGAAAUGUUUAUCUCAGUGUCAACAAAAGGAAUUUGGUGUUGAUUGAAAAAUCUAAUAGGAGAUGUGACACUACUAUUUUUUGUACUGUAUGCAAUUAGCCAAAAUCCACCAUGGCAGACAGUUAUGUUUCAACAUGACACCGACACAUUGAGCUCGACUUGUGUGUGUAAUUUCAACCAAUCAGAUAAACGGGGAGAGGGGCGUGGUCUGCUUUGCUCCGCCUGUUUCCGAACAUGAUACAAAGAUCUGGUGAUGAUGAUUGGACCAAAUGUUGAUGAGUUAUGGCCAAUGUCGUGUUAAGCUACGCCUAUUGUGAAAUGUUUGUGGUUAAUAGCUGUCAUGUUUUUGGACUAAU